AUUUAUUCGCCGAUGUGAUUUGGUAGUUAAAUCUUUAGUCGUCACUCUUUUUAAUAUAUGUCACGUUAGAAACAUAUGGAAUCUACACUAGAUCAAAUCAAAUUCGAAUACGAAACGACAAUCUUAUUUUGAAAAAGAAAAAUUCAGUAAUUUCACACCAUGGCCGAGGAGAUGGAGGUUGAGGAGACGGAGGACUUCCACGACAUGGACUUCAAUGACGAAGAGCCAUCCUGUAGUGGAGCAGCUGGCCAAGCCAGGACGGAGCGCUUUGUGGUGAAGAAGUGGGUGGCGCACGCCAUGUGGGGAUGGGAUGUAGCGGUGGACAACUGUGCCAUCUGCCGUAACCACAUCAUGAACCUGUGCAUCGAGUGCCAGGCGGACCCGAAUGCAAACCAGGACGAGUGCACUGUGGCUUGGGGCGAGUGCAACCACGCUUUCCACUACCACUGCAUCGCGCGCUGGCUGAAGACGCGCCUCGUCUGCCCGCUGGACAACAAGGAGUGGGUGUACCAGAAGUACGGCCACUAG